AUGAAGUCUGUUCUUGUCUUCGCCACCAUGGUGCACCUCGCGGCAUCCUCUUGCCUGAACCUCCAAAACCUAGUCAAUUUUGGCGACAGUUUCUCAGAUGAAAACCGCCUCAACUACAUCUAUGAGCAUCAAGGCCUACCUCCCGCUGGAACCAUCCUCCCUGAAAAUGGGAACACCACGACCAGCGGUGGCUACAAGUGGCCCCGAAUGGUGGCUCGCAAAACUGGCGCCAAGAGCUUCAACUACGCCGUUGGUGGUGCUACUUGCUCCAACAAGAUCGUUGAGCGCCAGUUUGUCCUGACUCCUGGAAAGCCCUUCCCUUCUAUCCUAGACGAGCAGGUCCCAGCUUUCAAGGCUGAUCUUGAGUUUGAUGAGGUUUAUGGCAACCGCACGGCUGACAACACUGCCUACGCUGUCUUGAUUGGAGGAAACGACUUGACUGUCAAUGGCUUCCUUACCGAUUCUAAUGCCCGGGACACCAACAUCACUUCGUACGUCAGCUGUGUCUGGGACGUCUUUGACGCACUCUACGAGACUGGUGGCCGUCACUUUAUCGCCAUUACACCCCCUGCCGCAGAACGCUCCCCGGCCUACCUCAUCCCCGAGGACGGCGGUAGACUCGACAACCCAACCUGGUUCAACAAGACUGCUUACAACAUGACUGACUACAACUAUAAGCUCAUGGAGUAUCUCACCAGCGCCAAGACGAUGCUGCAGUACGGUGUACCCUUUCAGCUUAUCGUCGAGAAACGAUGGCCCGGCGCGACGUUUUCUUUCUUUGACCUCCACGGCCUGAUGACAGACAUGCUCAAGACUCCCGAGAAGUACAUUGAUGCCCCUGCCAAUAUCACUGGUCACUACAGGCACUGCGAGAUUGGUGAAUUCCUUGACUGCCCAGUUGAAAAGAAGGCUAGGGAGAGUUUCUUCUGGUUCGACGAGCUGCAUGUGUCUGAGCGAGUUGAGGAGAAGGUUUCGGACGAGUUCAUCAAGCUCCUGGCACAGGAAUCCAAGUAUGGAAAGACCUAUCGGUCUUGGACUUAG